GAAGACCGUAGUUCAUGCCGCUAGUUAGUAGAGGACUCCCAGGUUGAUUUUCGACUUUUCUUAUCUACUUUUGCAGACAUGCCCUUAACAUAGAGGAAAUCUUUGGAAAUGUACUAUCUACAUGUACUUGCCCUGUCUUUAUCUGUGUCGCUGUUUGCGGAAGCUUCACUCCCUCUAGUUAUAAACACUUGGCCAUUCCGAGAUGCAACUGCAGCAGCGUGGAGUGCCCUGCAGAGGGGGGCGAGUGUGCUGGAUGCGGUGGAGGAGGGCUGCAUGACGUGUGAGAGGGAGCAGUGCGAUGGCAGCGUGGGCUACGGAGGGAGCCCAGACGAGACCGGAGAGACCACGCUGGACGCCAUGAUCAUGAACGGAGACACCAUGGAGGUGGGUGCAGUGGCAGAUCUGCGCAGGGUCAAGAGUGCCAUCAGUGUGGCCCGUGCCGUCAUGGAACACACCACACACACACUGCUCGCAGGGGAGAUGGCGUCUGUGUUUGCACAAAAUAUGGGCUUCAGAGCCGAAGACCUCACGACCAACACCUCCAAGAGCAUAUUUGCCAAAUGGCUGGGACAAAAUUGCCAGCCCAACUUCCGGAAGAACGUGUCUCCUGAUCCCAGAAGUUCUUGCGGGCCCUACAAGCCCAGUGUGGAGGAGAUGAGGAGAGCCGAGCAGAACCGCACCGCCCUGGACAUCCACUCACACGACACCAUCGGAAUGGUUGUGGUUGGUCCAAAUAGGAAUGUGGCAGCUGGGACAUCGACCAAUGGAGCGAGGCAUAAAGUUCCUGGGCGAGUAGGGGACUCUCCGAUUGCUGGUGCAGGGUCGUAUGCAGACAGCACUGUGGGAGGAGCCGCUGCCACUGGUGAUGGGGAUGUGAUGAUGCGUUUCCUGCCCAGCUUCCUGGCUGUGGAGUUGAUGAGAGGAGGCAUGGAUCCGUCCGGUGCGUGUAAAGCUGCCCUGACCAGAAUCAAGACGUACUACCCAGGGUUCUUUGGGGCCGUCAUCUGUGCCAACAUCCAAGGAGAGUACGGUGCAGCCUGCAACCGCGUGCCCGGAUUCACUCAGUUCUCCUACAUGGUGUCCACCCCCCUGACCAACAGCCCCCUCCUGAAGAAGGUGGACUGCUUCUGAUCCCCCCCAACCCCCAGGUGGACUGCUUCUGAGCCCCCGAGUGCCGAGCAGAUGGCUUAUCUUUGUUACGUGGAGCUGUAAAGUAACUGUUGAUUUAUUUUUUUAAAUGAAAUUGUAAAAAUUGUGUAACUGCCUUUUACCUACCGCAUUAAUGUUUUAAAUAAACUGUUUUUUACAAU